AUGAAUGUCCUCACCGCGGCGGCCUCUCUGGCCUGUGCCUCCCCUCCCAACCAGAUCAGGGAGGAGGAGGGGGGCGAGGAGGAGGAGGGGGUGCUGUGCGCGAUUUGCCAUGGCAACAUCGCGCCGCUGGAAGUCGCGCUUGUGCAAGGAUGCGACCACCCCUUCUGCUGCGGCUGCAUCCUCAACUGGGCGCUGCAGAAGCCAAAGUGCCCGCUCUGCCAGGUCGGCUUCUCGCACCUGUGGAUGUACAAGCAGCUGGACGGGUCGUACAACGACUAUUUGCGCGAGGAGUCCCUCUCCCUGCUGCACCGCGCCGUCUGGUUCCGCAAGGCCGUGUCGAGCGAGUACUCCCCCCAGCCGGUGGACGACGAGGACGAGUACCACGAGUUUCUGCAGUACGAGUUUAGCGGCCGGCGCGACGAGGAGGAGGAGCAGAUGUACUACCUCGAGAUGCAGGAGCGGGCCGCGCUCGGCAGGCAGAGCCGGCGCGCCAUCGGCAACCGAAUGUUUGGCUCGGGCGGGGUGGUGCAAGGGGGGCGGCUCAAGGCGCGACCGCUGCCCGUCACCCCUAAGUUUACCUCCAAGAAAGGCGCGCCCCUCGAGAGGGCGGCGGCGCUGCAUCGGCGCGCAAGGACUCACCCGCGGUCCCGGUUCCGCCAUCUAGGCUUCCGCCUCGAGGGCGGCGGCGGAGAGAGCAGCGGCGGGGGCGGUAGCAGCGGGGGCGGCGGCAGCAGUGGCGGAGGCAGCAGCGGGGUCGGCGGGGGCGGCGGCCGCAGUGAGCCAGCCACACCGCGGGUUUCGCGCGCGGCGGAGGCAAAGGCGGCCAAGACUGCACAGCGCGAGGCGAUGAAGGAGCGGCGACGAGAGAUGGCGUGCGCAGCAACGACCCCGCGCAAGACGCCCUCUUUGUGA